GGACAGACAUGCUGAAUCUUCUAGCUGUCCACUGGCCAGUACUGAGGGUCCACUGACCUUUGAUGUCCCACUGGAGACCUAGGACUCCUGUGGAAGGGCUUUCCUUCUGCCUCUACUUGUUGUUCCCUUACGCUCUGUCUCCACGUAUGAUGGGCUUCUGCAUAUAUGGAUUUCCAGUUUGGGCACGUGGUAGAAUGUUUGAAGAACAGUUGUGCAACAGGUCAUUUUUGCUUUCUUUGGUCCAUCCUUCUUUAAGAUGUCUGUCACAGUAGAUAACCAUGAGGUAGGAGAGAGGCUUGGAUGGACAGAGGGAAAGGCAUUAGAAGCUAGGACGCAUAGUAACUUGGUCAAAUCCAGAUAGAGGCAGAUAAGAUUGGGACAUCCUUUAAUGAUGAUUUCAAGUUGGGGGAGGGGUGGAGAAAGCACAAAAUUCACUGGUGCGUCUUAUCUAGUAAGCUGUCUUUCAUGUUAUAAGGUGAAACUGCUGAUUUAUAAUUGGAAGGACAAGCCUGAGGGGUUAGGUUUGUGUUCACUUCCUAUACUCUUGCCCAGUUAUCUGUCUCACACCUUUGUAACUAGAACCGGCAGAAGGUACAUAUGGCUGAAUCUAAAUCGCUUACUGAGAAAAAUGGACCAUCUACACAUCAGUAAAGUAUUUAGAGUUCUAUAUCGAACGGUUUCAUAUCCAAGUUAUCCAAGAAGAUGGAAAUAGAGUGGUAAUUAAAAAUUCUGGCCAUCUCCCAAGAGAGAGAGUAGCUGAAGAUUUUGUUUGGGCUCAGUGGGAUAUGUCAGAGCAGAGAUUAUACUACAUUGAUCUGAAGAAAUCAAGGAGUGUCUUAAAAUGCAUCCAGUUUUAUGCUGGUGAGCACUUUAACUUAAUGUUUGAAGCACCAUUGGACAUAUCAUUAAGUGACUCAGGAUUCAAACUUGUCAACUUUGGAUGUGAUGAUCUUCAAGACCAAGAGAAAUUAUCCAAACACCUGACCUUGUCUGUCUUUACCAACCAUACAGGAAGUUUGUGUGUAUGUUACUGCCCGAACAUUGACUCUUGGGAACAAAUCACGUAUUCGGUGUUUUACUUUCAUAAAGGGCACAGCAAGACCUUCACUGCUACUCUUGGGAGUGUUGACUCACGUGUGACAAAGGGCAUUACUUUCCUCAACCUUGACUAUUAUGUGGCUGUUUACUUACCUGGUCAUUUCUUUCAUCUACUUAACAUUCAACAUCCAGACCUGCUCUGCCACAGUCUGUUUCUCACAGGAAACAAUGAAGUGAUUGAUAUGCUACCUCGUAGUCCUUUGCAGUCACUGUCAGGGUCCCUGGUCCUGGAUUUGUGUUCUGGAAAGCUCUACCGAGCGCUCCUCAACCAGUCGUAUUUGCUGGAGUUCCUGUGGAACACCCAGCUGGACUGCGAGAAGAUGGCCUUGUUGCACUGUGUGCUCUCAUGUGGCUGCGACCCACGGCACCUGGAAGCCAAGAUUAUUCAGUGGAUUUCUGAGAACAUCUCUGCCUGCCAUUCAUUUGACCUCAUUCAGGAAUUUAUAAUUGCUUCUUCAUAUUGGAGCAUCUAUCCAGAGACAAGUAACAUAGAUAAACUUUUGCCAUAUUCCUCACUGCUCACUUGGGAUACAGAAAUUCCUGGAAUAACCCUUGUGACAGAAGAGAUUCCGUUGCCCCUUAUGAAGGUGCAUAGCUUUAAGGGCUACUGGGAAAAACUGAACUCCAACCUGGAAUAUGUUAAGUACUCCAAGCCAAACUUAUACUAUAACAACAGCGUGCUCAGGAGAGAGUGGCACAACCUGAUCUCGGAAGAGAAAACAGGAAAAAGAAGGUCCACGGUGUAUGUGAGAAAUAUUCUUGAUAAUGCAAUAAAGGUGAUUUCUAACCUAGAAGCAAGGAAUUUGGAGCCGAGAUUAACACCCCUCUUCCAGGAGGAAGACCACCACCAGCGGCUGCUUAUGGGGCUGAUGGUGUUUGAGCUAGAAGACCAUCUUUUGAGACAUCUACAGGGUGUAGAAAAGAAGAAAAUUGAACAGAUGGUUCUGGACUACACUUCAAAACUGCUGGAUCUCAUUUGCCAAAUACUGGAAGCCAGUUGGAGGAAACAUAAUCUUCAUCCCUGGGUUCUCCACUUCAAUAGAAGGGCAAGUGCUGCUGAAUUUGCAGUAUUUCACAUCAUGACCAGGAUUUUGGAAGCUGCUAACAGUUUGUUUUUACCUCUGCCUCCUGGUUUCCACACACUGCACACGAUCCUUGGUGUCCACUGUCUACCUUUGCAUAACCUGCUACAUUACAUUGAUAAUGGAGUGUUGCUUCUCACAGAAACAGCUGUCACGAGGCUCAUGAAAGAUCUGGACAAUACAGAGAAAAAUGAAAAACUAAAAUUCAGCAUCAUUGUGCGGCUUCCUCCGCUCACAGGUCAGAAGAUCUGUCGACUUUGGGAUCAUCCUAUAAGUUCUAAUAUUAUUUCCCGGAACCAUGUAGAGCGACUGCUUCAGAAGUAUAACAAACAGCCCCGGAGUUCUGUAACGGACAAGUCAUCCUUCAGUGUAGAAUUUCUGCCUCUGAACUACUUCAUUGAAAUACUGACAGAUAUCGAGUCUUCCAAUCCAGCUCUGUAUGCUUUCGAAGGACAUGACAAUGUGGACGCAAAAUUUGUAGAGGAAGCAGCUCUGAAACACACCACAAUGCUCUUAGGUUUAUAAAAGAGAAAAUGCAGUUAUAUCAGCAUCCAGUAUUUUAAUCUUGCUCAUUAGCUCUACUUCCGUGGAGGACUCUUUAGCAAUAUUUUAAACUGGUAACCAAAAUCAGAAUACAUUGUUGAGCCAUGUGAAUUUCAGUUUGGUACUUUGGUCAGAUGGGGCUGUGCCUCAUCCCAUCCUGAACAGCAGAUGAGCAGCCAAGUAUGGAGAGCUGACAGCCAGUCCCCAGGGGGCGUACAGUGACAUAAAUGAUGCUCUUCCUGGUGGCUGAUCUUCCCAGUGCUUUCCUAGGCCCAAAGCUAGUUUCUAUUACUGUCUGAAAUAAAAUAUGCUUUAAAAAUGUAGGAACAGUGCUUAGAAAAACAAAAAUUAGAUGUGUCAUUGAAAAUAGCAUAUGACAAACAGAAAAAUUAAAAAUUGCAGGAAAACUCUAUUUGGAAAGAGGAUACUUUUUAAAAAACUGAAUUUGGACUAAGUCAUAUCUGCUAAUUCCAGUAUAGAAUAACUUGUAAAAUACAACAAUUUGUACAUACAUAGAGUAGGAUUUGUCUUUGUGAAGGUUCAGAUGGAACUGUAUUUAAUAUUGUACAGUUAUUUUAAUAUUUAUAAAAAUUUGAUAUAGUAAUAUCUCGUCACUUAAAAAAAACACUGAAAGUUUUAGCCUGACUUCUUUGUUCUUUGAACAUAGACUUUUUAUUCCUGCCAGGCAUCAUGACUCCAUGGCUAAAGACCCCCAUGACGCCUAAUGAGUUCUCCCACUUUUCUUUUCUCUCCUACAGUAACAUUCUGACCAUAAAUACAGUUGCUUCCUUGGGUCAGCCCAUAACCCUUUGCUUUUCUCUCUUCACACUGUUUCCCUCAGUGAACUUGUGAAAUUUUAAUGGUUACAAACAGCACUAGCUAGUGUAAUAAUUCAUCUUUCCUAAAAUCAUCAUUGUAUUCUAAAAAGUAUCCUCUCCUACAGAAUUUCCCAUUUUACUCAAAUAUUUCAUGGUCACUGAGACUUAAAAUCUUGGAGCCAUGUCAGCAAGGUGGUGCUGAUUCUUGCUCUUGAUAAGGUAAUUAUUUUUCAUUCUCCCCACUUUGCUUUUCACACAGUCUAAUUCAUCUGGCGCAUAUUGGAGAUAAAUACUAGUUUAAUCCUGUCACUCCUCUGCUCAUAAUUUUUGCCAUUUAUUACAGGGUAAAGUCCAAACUCCUUGACAUUCAAGAGCUCCCAAAUCCUGGCCUCGUACACUUCCCCAGUACAAACGUUCUGUUCCAACUAGGCUCACUCACUGGGCCUCAGACACAACUUUUGUCAUAUCACUUCCAAGUCUUGUUCAGGCUAUUUCCCCCACCUGGAAUCCCCUCUACUUAUUAAUAUCUUAUUUAUGCUUAAGGGCCAGAUAAAAAGUUCCAUCUGGCUGUGAUCCCCGGCCAUUCCAGUGCACAGUGGCAUCUCACCCUCUAGACCGGUAGCACACGUUGUAAUAUUUAAGCGUCCAAACCUUUGUGAUUUUUAAAAACUAUUUUUCCUUGCUGUGUUGUUAAACUUUCUAAGUGUUUAUUUUUUGAAUCCCUAAUGACUGAUCCUACAACACAGCAACUGUGUGUAAGUAUGCGGUAUUUAUUUGCAUUAACCACAGAGCGUAUACAGUGUCACUUGUCAUAGGCCCUCCCAAAGGAUUGCUUUUUAAUGACUUCACAAAGCAGUCAGGUUAGAUUCAGGACUCCUAGACUGAGAAUGAGAUUCAGUUUCCCUCCAGUCUAUCAGCGUGGGGGCUUGGAACAGAUUUUGUUUGAUUUAGCAAAAUAAACAGAUGUGAUAUUUCUCACUCCCAGAGUCAUGAAAUGAAAUUCGUAACUGCUAACAAUGUGAAGUAACAAUAGUUUGAACAUAUUAAUGAAUGUAAAAAUCACAGGUUUCAAAUCUACUUGUGUAUGUUUAUAUGAGAAAGUGAACUGAAUUAAGAAAAUAUAAUUGGGUGAAAUACAAUAAAAUUAGAGUUAUGA